GAUAAAGCAUGAGUUCUCAUUUCUUUGAUCAAUCACUGUUCACGACUGCCUCUCAGAAACAACCCUGGCCCUUACCUUAAGCAAGCAUGUGGGUCCAGAUCUAGCCUUGGCCUCCACACGUUCUCCACUGUAUCAACGGCCCCGCUCAGGCCCAGAGCGACCUACGUCAUGAAUUCAUGAUUGAAUGCCAGGACAGAAGGCACCACGGGCCUUGACACAGCAGCCGUUCACUCGGAAGCAAGCAACAAGCACGUCCAACUGGGAAUUCUGGUACUGAUGGAAAUUGGAGAAGUUUGGGACGGGAGUGGAAAGGUGAAGGAAGGGAUGACAUAUUCAUUCUGGAGCACUGCAUUUAAAAGUAUAUAAUAUCAUCUGUCGUCUACCUUCCCCAAGCCACUUACACAACAACAACACAAACAAAUCAACACUCAAAACAACCACUCUCGCGAUAAUCGCAAACCACGCAAUAAUUACAACACACAUACUAAACCUUAAUACCACAACAACAACAACAACAUCCAAAAUGUCCCAGUCUCGCAUUCUCCCCAUUCUCGGCGCCGGCGUUGUCGGUCUCGGCGGCUACUACAUCUACAAGUCUGGAGGCAGCCCUUCGGCCGCUGAGAAGAAGUUUGAGGCCGACCUCCACCGCGGCGCCGCCAAGAUCAAGUCUGAGUUGCCCAACUCUUCGCAGACCAACGCCCGCCAGGAGGGUGCCCACUACGGCAAGGAGAUCGGUGGCAAGAUUGAUGAGGCUGUCUCCCAAGCAGACAAGACCUACUCUUCAACCAAGUCGCAAGCCGAAGCCCUCGCCAAGGACACCAAGGCCGAAGCGCUCAAGAAGAUUGACCAGUUCGACCGCACCGUGGAGCAGAAGGCUGCCGAGGCCAAAGCUGGAGUUUCCAGCUGGUUUGGUAGCGGCAACUCCAAGUAAAUUGGCGGCGAUCCCCAAAUAAACACCGAAACUAAUAACGACGGCAAGUUCGACGGACGAAGGGAAAGCAUGUCAGGCGUUUGUUUAUGAUUGAUAAUGAUGAAAAGGUUAAUGAUAUCAUGAGUUUGGGGGGGAGGAGGUUAGGGUUUGCUACGUUACGCACGCUAAAGCUAAUGCAUCAUCCAUGAAUGAUUCGGGAGUUCUAGGACUUGUUAGGACAUUUGAAAGGACUUUAUGGAACAAGUUAAUUCGAACAAUUGCGAACCAUCAAAACAAAGAAACAUAACAGCCCCGAUCGUGAUUGAAUCAGAUGAAAUUUGCGCUGCUCUAACGAGUCUGUUUGUCUUUUUUACCCAAACCCAGGGCUGAUCAUGCCUCAACACCACAUUAGCAUCACAAAUAGUCCGUCUACAUAGUAAACAACCCCCCUCAAGACAACGUCUCUGCCACCAACUUCAACACCUCGUCCGUCUUCUUUCCCGCAUUUUUCGGAUCCUUCGCCACCCUCGUCCACUCCUCUCCAUGCCUAGGAUCCACCAACACGCACUUGGCCACCAAAUCCGCCCUCUUCUCCUCCGUCCCAUGCUGCACCAAAAACUUGUAAUACCACGCCCACGUAUCGCCCACAUCGCGAUCCAGCAACAGCGCCUUCUCGAACCAGUUCUGCGCCCGGUCCAGCUUCCUUUCCGCCCACAGAAUUCUCGCGGCCGUGACCAGCAGGAUCGGAUCGUCUUCCACCUUUUUCACCGCCUCGGCAAGCAGCGAUUUCCGCUGCGUGCGCGGCUCGAGGUUGAGGAUCCUUUCCGCCCACAGCAAGCCCGAUUUGGGCAUCUGCUGUAACGCUUGCGCCAUGAGCGACUUGGCCUGGUUCAAGUUGCCCGCGCGCCGCUCGACGCGGAUGAGUUCCGUCCAUAGCUCCGGGGACUUGGGCACGGCUUGUCGGGCGCGGUCGAGGACCGAGCGCGCCUUGACGACAUUGUUGGCCUUUUCUUCUAAACGAGAGUACAGAAG